AUGGUUGUAUGGUGGGGUUGGAAGUGGAGGUGCGGCAAUGUGUUUGGAGAGAACCAGAGAUGCAGAGAUCGGGUUCAGUUUGUUAGAGAGCUUGUGGCGGAGGUAUGGAAGGCUAACAAGAUAACCAGAGGUAACACGGGACCUAAGCUGCGGACGGAGAGGCAGAUCGGUUGGGAGGCUCCUGCUGCUCAUUGGUUCAAACUAAAUACGAACGGAGCGUCACAUGGGAACCCUGGUUUAGCCACGGCUGGAGGAGUGCUUCGAGAUGGGAAUGGACGGUGGUGCAGUGGUUUUUCUCUGAAUAUUGGGAGAUGCUCUGCUCCACUUGCGGAAUUGUGGGGUGCUUAUUAUGGUUUAGUUAUGGCGUGGGAGAAGAAGAUCCUGAGGUUGGUUCUAGAGGUGGACUCGGAGUUGGUGGUGGGUUUUCUGGUGAGAGGGAUUCAAGACUCGCAUCCCUUAUCCUUCCUGGUACUGCUGUGUCAUGGCUUUCUAUCAAAGGACUGGUCUGUCCGUGUUACUCAUGUGUUCUGUGAAGCUAAUCGCCUUGCAGACGGUUUGGCAACUUAUGCGUUUUCCUUGCCUUUAGGUUUUCAUCUACUUGAUGUUGUUCCCCCAUCUUUGGAGUUGGUCCGAUGGGAAGAUGAGAUUGGGAUUACACGUCCUAGAGAUGUAGUAUUGUAG